UGGAAAAGAUGUCCGCCUCGGUGGGGCCCCAGGGUGGCCCUCGCCCACCCACCGUGCCGCCAUCCAUGCCGGAUCUGCCGGACCUCAGCCAUCUCACCGAGGAGGAGAGGAAGAUCAUCAUGGCAGUGAUGGCUCGGCAAAAGGAGGAAGAGGAUAAAGAACAAGCCAUGCUAAAAACACUGCACCAGCAGUUUGAGAGCUACAAACAGGAGGUGCGUCGCAUCGGGGCGGAGACGCGGCGUCAACAGACCCAGCAGAAGGACGACGCGCCCACCUGUGGCAUCUGCCGCAAGACCAAGUUUGCUGAUGGCUGUGGCCACCUCUGCUCCUACUGCCAGACCAAAUUCUGCGCUCGCUGUGGAGGGCGGGUCUCUCUGCGCUCCAACAAUGAGGACAAAGUGUGUCUCAUAGUGAAGGACAGGGUAAUGUGGGUAUGCAACCUGUGCCGUAAACAGCAGGAGAUUCUUACCAAAUCAGGAGAAUGGUUUUCGGGGUCAGGGGUGCGGCCUGGGAGCCUGGGCACCUCCGUGAACAACCCAGCCACUGGAGGUGAGGCCCAACGGGACAGGAAGCUACUCCGCUCCAGGUCCCAAGCCCCACCCUCCGGCACCAACACCAACGCAGGGCCACCGGACGGGACGCAGCCGCCCACUGGUGUCACUUCUGCCAAGGGUGCUGACACCAUGCCCGGCUCCCGCUCCCAAAGUGAACCACCUAGAGAAAAGAAAAGACCAGUUUCCCUCCAUGAACAAAAUGGUAAAGGAGGAAUGGGGCGUGGUAGUGGCCGUAGACCUGGUGGGAAGUUGCCAUCUCAGUCAUCACUGGAUGAGCGAGUGGUUCCUGGGGACAGAGGAGAGAGACGCUUAGGAGAUGGACGGAGGCUGGAGAAGAUCCAUUCUCAGGACUACGAAGAUGGGGAGGGGAACUUGGGUCGUCCAGAAACACACCGGAGACGCCCAGAGGAUGAGGAGCAGAGGGAGCGCCAGCGCCGCGAGGAGGAGUUCCAGAAUCGUUAUCGUAGUGAUCCCAACCUGGCACGAUACCCGGUGAAACCACAGAAGGAGGAGCAGGAGAUGCGCAUGCAUGCUAAGGUGUCCAAGGUCCGCCACGAACGACGACACAGUGAUCUGGCUAUCAACGAGGUCGGACUGGGGCCUGAAGGAGGAGGUAGUGGAAGUGGAGGGGAGGUGCCUGAAAACCGUCUGGCCAGGAGGGGUGGAGGUGGUGAGGGAGAUCACAAGGCCCUCUUGGAGAACCACCGAGCCUACUCUGUGGAUAGGACCGUGGGGGGUGGAGGGGGAGCUCCACCUGCAGGAGGUGGAGUGAGAUCAGGACCCCAACCUGGGGGACCGGUGCCUCCAGACUGGGGCCCAAACAAAGGCCGCCUCGAGCCUGGUACAACACGGACACCAAGGGACAAGGGUGGGGAUAACCUGCUGAGGAAGGACUCUCAGAGCUCGGACCAGUCGGAGUCUUUGCGUCCGCCCCCUCCACGGUCAUACAAGAGCAAGCGCGGAGUCAACAAGAGGCAGAUGUCCAUCAGCAGCUCAGAGGAGGAAGGCGGCUCCACGCCCGAGUACACCAGCUGUGAGGACGUGGACAUGGAAAGCGUCAGCGAGAAAGGUGACUGGGACUGUCAUUCUCUAGAUCCUACAGUGUGGCAUCAUCCAGUUACAUGGCAGCCAUCCAAAGAGGGUGACCACCUAAUUGGACGCAUCACGCUAAGCAAGAGGUCGGCAAUGCCCCGUGAGGCUGGCUCCCUCCUUGGCCUAAAAGUGGUAGGAGGGAAGAUGACAGAGACAGGGAGACUUGGGGCCUUUAUCACCAAAGUCAAGAAAGGCAGCCUUGCAGAUGUUGUGGGACACCUACGAGCAGGUGAUGAGGUGCUUCAGUGGAACGGGAAAUCGUUGCCCGGAGCAACAAAGAAAGAAGUGUACAACAUUAUCCUUGAAUCCAAGGCUGAACCUCAAGUGGAAAUAGUUGUUUCAAGACCUAUAGGCUCCAUACACCGAAUUAUGUCCAAAAACUUCUUGAGAAAAGUGUAUAGAGCAUAUCAAGACAUCCCAAGAAUCCCAGAGUCAUCCCAUCCUCCUCUAGAAUCUACGGGCUCCAGUUCCUUUGAGUCACAAAAGAUGGACCGUCCCUCGAUAUCAGUGAUGUCCCCUACCAGCCCCGGGACCCUCCGAGACCUUCCUCUGGUACUGCCUGGACAGCUCUCUGUGAAGCUGUGGUACGACAAAGUGGGCCAUCAGUUGAUCGUCAAUGUCCUUCAAGCCAUAGACCUGCCACCCCGACCAGACGGACGACCUCGUAACCCCUAUGUAAAGAUGUACUUCUUGCCUGAUAGGAGUGAUAAGAGUAAACGACGGACUAAAACAGUGAAGAAGAGCGCUGAGCCCAAGUGGAACCAGACCUUCUUAUAUUCCCACGUUCACCGACGGGACUUCAGAGAGCGCAUGCUGGAGAUCACAGUCUGGGACCAGCCCAGAGUCCAGGAGGAGGAGAGUGAAUUCCUGGGAGAGAUCCUGAUAGAGUUGGAGACGGCCCUGCUGGACGACAUUCCUCAUUGGUAUAAACUCCAAACACAUGACAUGUCCUCUAUACCUCUGCCCCAGCCCUCCCCGUACCUCCCACGCAGACACGUCCACGGAGACAGCCCCAGCAAGAAACUACAGAGGUCUCAUCGCAUCAUUGAUACAGAGUUUGAUGAUGGUUUGAUGGUAGUGACUAAAGGUGCAGAGCGUAACUCCAGGGAGAGAGAGCGGGGCAGUACGCUGGCUGUGCCUGAGCAGCAGCGUCCCGUCCAGCACCGGUCACGUUCAGUGUCUCCUCACAGAGAGGACUCCUGCAGGGCUCGGUCACGGCCCGCACAUGUGCCCAUGCAAAGGAGUCUGGAUGAGAUCCACCAGAACCGCCACCACUCCCACUCCCCCUCCCGCUACCAUGACUCCCACUUAGAGCACCAACGCUCUGGGGACUCGGACUACGAGUACUCUGAGGACAGUGAGGUCCUGGAGAUGCACAGGUCUAUCCGAGGCGGGAGUGCUGAGUGCCUGCACACAAACAGGGGCAUAGGUAGAUACAGCAACACGCUACCCCCCAAAAUGCCCCUGUUAGUAAACGGUAUCCAUAAAGACAUUUACAGCUCCACCCUCCCCGCAUGCCUAAAGAGCAAGCCGCCCCACAGACAGGAGGGGGGCAGCACCAUGCCUCGUAGCAUCCUUACACACCGUGUGCUCAGGUUCACUGAUGAGGUCACAGUUAGCGACCUGCAGCCGUCGUUGGACAGAGUGAGGAGUGCCAGCACCACUUGUCUGAGACCAGACACCAACUUUCACUCCCCUGAAAGAGACAGGUGCUCCAACUCUUUGCCCCGCAAGACUCUCCCCAGCCCCCGGAUCUUAGUAGAACAUGUGGCCCCUGAAGAAGACAGGCAGUGUAGCAAUUCAUCAAGUCCGAACUGUCAAAGGGGCAGCAAAAAAAGCCUGGAGGGGGACAGUCGUAUCCAGCCCACCUCUAUCCUGAGGGGCAGUAGGGGGAGAGGGGGCCCGCUGAGGCCCUUUGGCCAGACAGUCCUGGCUGGGUCCUGCCCAAACUCGCCACGGCUAGACAGAGCACACCCUCACGGCAGCCCCUCCUCUCCAACGGGGACUCCCUCAUCAGGUCGCAGGGGCAGGCAGCUGCCUCAGCUCCCUGCAAAAAGCAGCAGUAUAGAGCAAGCCCUUGCAGUAGAGGAGCGAGCCCGACAGCUGCAGAUGAAAGUACAUUCCUACCGGCCUUCAGCCUCCCACGACCCUGAGACGGACCUCAAGACCAAACGGGAGAUGUACGCAGAAAAGAGGCGUAGCAGCGACAACAUGUCGGCCAGAUCGUCAGACAGUGAUAUGAGCGAUGUGUCGGCCCUCUCCCGUGCCAGCAGUGCCUCCCGCCUCAGUAGCACCAGCUACAUGUCUAUCCAAUCAGAACGACCUGGAGGACGACUCAGAUCCAAGUCAUUAGAGGAAGAGAAGAAGGACAGGAGGAUCUCGUGGGGGGUAGAAGGAGAGGAGGACAGGAGGAGGGCAACAGGGAAGAGACGUUUCUCUGAGGAGUUGAAGCGCAGGAGACACACAGUAGCUGGAGACACGAGGGAGUCCAGUCGGCAGAUGCGAUCGGUGGGCCGCAGCAUGCUGAAGAGCUCCAGCGUGAGCGGGGAGAUCUACACCCAGGAGCGCACCGACGGCAGCCAAUCAGACACGGCGCUGGGCACAGUGGGUGGCGGCAGCAAGAAGAGACGCUCCAGCCUCAGCGCGCGGGUGGUGGCCAUCGUUGGCAACCGCCGCAGCCGCAGCACUUCACAGAUCAGCGGCCCUGAGGGGAAGAGUAAGAAGGAGAAGGGCGCACCGAUCCAAAGGAGCACAGAAACCGGCAUGGCAGUCGAGCUGACCAGGAACAUGAGUCGCCAGCCCAGCAGAGAGUCCAACAACGGCAGCAUGAACAGCUACAACUCUGAGGGAAAUUUGAUCUUCUCUGGAGUCAAUCUGGGUGCCAGCAGUCAGUUCAGUGACUUCCUGGACGGCCUAGGACCGGCUCAGCUAGUGGGGAGACAAACACUGGCCACUCCAGCCAUAGGUGACAUCCAGAUUGGCAUGAUGGAGAAAAAGGGUCAGCUGGAGGUAGAAGUUAUUAGAGCACGAGGACUCGUACAAAAACCAGGAUCCAAAUCCCUCCCUGCUCCAUAUGUCAAGGUCUAUCUGCUGAAUAAUGGAGCGUACGUAGCCAAAAAGAAAACCAAGAUUGCACGGAAAACACUUGACCCACUGUACCAGCAAGCACUGCUAUUUGAGGAAAGCCCACAGGGUAAAGUCUUACAGGUGAUUGUAUGGGGCGAUUACGGCCGCAUGGACCAUAAAAGCUUCAUGGGAGUUGCACAAAUCCUAUUGGAGGAACUGGACUUAUCAAGCACAGUCAUUGGUUGGUACAAGUUGUUCCCACCGUCCUCCUUGGUGGAUCCGACACUUGCCUCCUUAACGCGGCGGGCUUCCCAGUCGUCACUUGACAGCUCCUCCGGACCUCCCGGCGUCCGAUCCUAGUGGACCAACAGCUCUACACCGCUCGACAAGUAACAAACUCAUGAAACGUACUGUAGAGAGAAACAAACAAAAAACAAGAUGGCAGAAAUGUAGAACAACAACAAUCAGAAACAGUCAAAAUGAGAAAGCUUUGUUGAGAUCUGACAAUCACUCCUGUUGCGGUUAAUUUUGUCUGUUGUACGGAGCGCCACAUUUCAGUGUUUCAUAUCCAUUCAGAAAAUCUCAUCAUGUUUCUCUGUGUAUGCUGAAGAAGCAGGGCUGUCGAACAGACAACACGCAGUAGCUCUCAAGACGGGAGACAAAAAAUAAAAGAGUGUCAGAGAAUCAAAUGAAGCAGGGUGAUUUUUAACUGAAUCAACAAUAGCAAAGAAAUGUACGUAAGCAUCGGAAUGUAUGGACUCGAGACAGAGGUAAUCACCCUCCACACCUGCAGGGGGCGCAGUCCUCCCUGCAGUGGCCUCCUCCAGAACCCCAACAGACUGCCGGCACUCCUGACCCCAGGCAGGGUGCCCCCGUAUGGGUAUUCAGUCUGGAAGCACAGGGCCUUCUUCUGGUGCCUAGACCUUGGAGCCGCAUCACUGGUCCCUCUCUCUGUCGAAAAAUCCUCUUUUCAGUAUGUUUACCAUGGCUGCUCUGAGGCCACACUGUUUUAGCGUGUUUGCUUUGUCGUUCAUUUCUUUCCCUUUGUUACUACUGGCACAAAAUGUUUUUACAGUGCGUAAAAUGCUCAUGAUAAUGUUGUCAGUCUGGUGUGUGCAUGGAGAGAAAAACAAAACACAAGUGAUUAAAAAAAAAGGAUAUAAAAACUAUUAAAUGUCUGCAAGUGUUAUGCGGGGGGGGGACUGGUGAUGAUGACACAGCUUAGAUUUUUACACUUGACAGUGAGAUUAGCGUGCAGCGUUGUUUUCUUUGUUCCACCGCUGGCAAACGUCCAGGCCAGUUGUCUUUGUAUAGAUGUAUAUUAGGCCUCCCAGGAGGUUGACCAAUAAAUAAAAUUUAUGUCACUUUGAAAUAUCACAAGGGUAAAAACAUCACUGUAAAAAAAAAAAAAAGUAACCGCAAAAGCAAGAUAGGGCCGUCUAAUUUUUCACAUUUUUUGGGGAGUGCAGUCCCUCACCCCAGCACGUUUCUAUCCGACCCUUAGUUUACAUUCUUUUGAAAUUUAAACACAAGCACAAGAGCUUGAUUUUUUUACAACAAAAAGUUUAACUUUUUGAAAAAAACACGUAGUUGAAAAAAAGAAAAAAAGCAACAAUCCCGUCACAUUCAUUUCUCUGUCUAGUUGUUGAUAGACAAACAGAAAAAGAAGAAUCACUCACAGUUUCCCUUGUGCAUCUCUGUGAAUGUGAAAGUAACCAAUCAGACUGAUCUGUCGGGACUCCAAAACCAAUGCUCAUCCUCCGUUCGGCCUGCAGUCUCCGCCCACUGGGGAAAAAAAGGCGGCGGCCAGCAUGACUUUGGAAUCUGUUCCAAGCUGCAUGCACAUUUUUGUAAAACAAAACAGAUACAGGAAAAAAAGAUAACUGAUCUAGAUACGUGUGUUAGUUCCACAUACUGUAGGGCCGCUUGUAUGUUGCAUGCAGUUGUACAGUUUGCUCGUACUUGAAUAUUAAAGAGAUAAAACCAAGAAACCGAAGCCAUUCCCAUUACGCAACGACAUCUGAACUCAACUGCAGUCAGUUCCACAUCCCCCCAGUCCGGUGCUGAAUGUCUCUCAAACUAAAUCCCAAGAUUACCUUGAUGUCUCUCCUCGACCCUCUGGAAGAUGUACAGUACUGUACAGUGGUACUGAGCAGACCUCACAGCCCCUCUUACUGUUAUUCCACAUCAUAGUAUACCUCCAAGGGGCUGAGAUGAUGUAUGAAUAAAUAUGUACAAAUCAGAUCCACUUAUAUGGAAAUAUGAAUUAUGUUUCAACAUAAUGAUUUCAGAUAUGCUAACACAUGAACUGUUAAGUUAUAUAAAGAUUAAAUACAGAUGCACAGAGAGUAAUACACUGUAAAUACUCAACAGCCAUUCACUGGGUUUUCAUUGGGUUCAGUGAUAUUUGCAAAGGGGCCAAGUCAUAUAACGAGGAGCGAUUAAUACGUCAUUAGGGACCAUGCAGUGGGACGACGCAAGACGAUGGACUUGGGUCACAAACUGGCCGAACUUAAACAAACGGCCACAAAACUUACAGGUGUACCAUGAAGCAGUCAUCUGAACACUUCUUUGUGCUUCAAACCCAAUGUCCGAACCCCGGCCAUGUUCAGUCCCACUUCAGAAGAGUUGAUGACUUUUCUUUUCAUUGUCCGGUGAAGCUGGUUUUCCUUUUUCUUUUUUUUCUUUCUUUUCUUUGUCAGUAUUAACAGGAAAAAAAAUGCUGAUUGUUUACAACUUCUGUGUUCCACUGAAACAAAAAGAAAAUUAGAAAAAAGUAAAGCAUUCACUGCAACAUUACUUGUUUGUAUAACAGAUGUGGCUCAAAUGAUGUGUAUGUUUUAUAUUUAAAAAAAAGUUCAUUUUUAUUAUUUACAAAUAAAAAGAAUGUGUGGAAGAA